AUGAGCGCCACGCGGCCGAUGAACAAUGUCAUCGGCGUCACGAAGACGACGCGCGUGCGGCGGCCGCGGACGAGCUCGACGAAGGGCUCCUUCGGCGCCGCGGACCGCUUCGCGCCGCUGCCCCAGCGCGAGGCCUACCGCGGCGCCGUGGAGCUGGGCUUCCCGGAGAAGUUCCAGCGCCUCGACACGCCCGGGGCGACCUGGUCCCCGCGGCGGUCCGACGAGUGGGGCGCGCGCGUCGCGCCGGAGCUCACGCGGCCGCGGUUCCAGCCGCUCAUCUCGCCGCGGAGCGGCGAGCCGCGGCCGUCGCAGGGGUCGCCCUUCAUCAAGAACGCGCGGCUGACGGACUUUUGGAUCUCCGACGAGCGCAGCGCCUUCUCCGGCGCCGCCGGCUCCCUCGAGGAGGGCCGCGCGCCCCUCGAGCGGCGCCGCGCGGCGUCGACGACGAACCUCGAGCGGCGCCGCGCGGCCUACGUCGCGGCCGUGCGGCCCGAGCGCAUCCGCGAGGCCAAGGAGCGCAAGCGCGAGGCGAAGCGCGCGCGCGACGUCCUGCGCCUCUACCACCGCGACCCCUACGCGCGGUCCUACCCGACCAUCGCCAUCGACGGCGACGACCGGCCCUGCACGGCGCCCGACGCCAUCGUCCACACGAACUUCACGCGCCAGCCCGCCGGCGACACGCACAUGCGCACGUCCCACCGCUUCUUCCUCCGGUCCAAGUACGAGGCGCCGCGCGAGCCCCUCAUGAAGGACGCGGAAGGCUUCGCGUCCGUCGACUACGACCUCGUGCUCGUCGUCAAGGCGCCGGCGGGCAGCGCGCCCUGGGAAGACCUCGUGUGCCGCCUGGCCUACGCGGAGCUGGACUUCGUCGUCCACGAGCUGCACGUGGAACGGCCGAGCCUGAGCCGCGCGGGGAGCCGCCUCGCGCGCGCGGGCGCGCGGCUCAACGAGAUGAUCGGCAUCGAGGCCGGCGACCCCGUCAAGUUCGUCGCGCUCCGCGGCGGCGAGGACCGGCUCCGGCGCGAGGCCGCGCGCGUGGGCUUCUCCAUGCUCCUGGACCCCGCGCGCCUCGCGGCGCUCGCGGCGGACCGCGGCGUCGCCGUCGGCGUCGACGCGAGCCGCGGCUGGCUGCUGCCGCCCUACGCGCAUCACUACGCGCCGUACCACGAAACGGGCGCGCCGUCGCCCUACGCGAAGCGCGGGCCGAGGGGCCUGGGCCGCGACCAGGGCCUCUUUGCCGGGCCGGACCGCGUGCGGCUCCUCGCGUCGAUUUUAGCCGCGCCCGAGGCCGAGGGGGGGUGCUACCUGCCGCUCGCGACGGCGGCCGUCCGGGACGCCGCGGUCGUGGACUACUUCCCGCUCGUGUCGGCGCUGAGCCUCGCGCGCCUGCGGGAGCGGCUGCCGCGGCGCUACGUGCCCUUUGUGCGCGAGGCGGAUCACGGCGCGAUCCGCGACGUCUGGGGCGAGCACGUGGCUUUGUACUUCGCGUUCCACAGCUUCCAGACGCGGCAAUUAUGUUUCCUGGCGCCGACGGGGCUCUUGUGUUAUGGCGCGGCGACGGCGCUCAAGGCGCGCGGGUUCUACAAGUUCGCCGCGGCCAUCGACGUCGGCUUCUCGAUCGUCGUCGCGCUGUGGACGAUCAAGUUCACGCGGCUCUGGCGGCGGCGCGAGGCGGAGCUGGCGCUGGAGUUCGGCACGGCCGGGUUCACGAACAAGCAGCGCAACCGGCCCCAGUUCGCCGCGCACCCGGGCGUCGUCCAGCGGCGGAGUCUGGUCGACGGCCGCGCGAAGUUCUACUUCCCCGAGCGCCUCGCGAACGCGAAGAAGCGCGGGGCCGCGGCCGUCAUCGCCGUCGUCCUGUCGCUGGUGACGGCGAUCAUCGUCGUGCUCUUCUGGAUCCGGAGCUUUUUGAACGCGCUCGUGCCCGCGGUGCCGCGGGUCGGCGUGCCGCUCGGGUCCAUCGUUGCGCCGGCGCUGAACGCGGGCCUCAUGGCCGUCGACAGCGCCUUCGGGCGCAUCUCCGAGGCGACGACGGACUACGAGAACCACCGCACGGAGACGGCCUACGAGGGCUCCUACGUGACGAAGAUGUUCGCGCUCAAGGCGAUCACGUCGUACCUCGCGCUCUUCUACGUCGCCGUGAAGAGCCACCUGCCCGCCUGGACGCACCUGCGGUCGCCCUGCGACGCGCGGGACUGCCUCGACGACGUCGCCGUGCAGCUCGCGUCCCUCUUCGUGUCGAAUCUGGUCAUCGGCAACCUCCUCGAGCUCGACGUGCCCGGCCACGUCUACCGCUGGAUCUGCGGCCGGCGGCCGAGCGCGCCGCCGCCGCCGCCGGCGUCGUCGGCGGCGCCGGAGCGGCGCCUCCGCUGGUGGACGGCGAACCACGACCGCGACGAGCGCAAGGACGCGGAGGUCCACGCCGCGGUGUGUCCGGAGCUCGCGGAGGAGAUCGAGCGCCAGUUCGCGCGCGAGACCUUCAACCCGAUCUGCCUCGACGACAUCGCGGAGCUGAUGAUCCAGUACGGCUUCUGCACCUUCUUCGUCGUCGCCUGGCCGCCGGUCAUCGCGUUGGCCAUCUUGAACAACUGCGUCGAGUUCCACGUCGACCGCUUCAAGCUCACGUGCAUCUGCCGGCCGCCCUUCCCCGUGCGUGUGGAGGACCUCGGCGCCUGGAACGACGUGCUCUGGGUCAUGUCGCGGCUGGCGACGCUGACGAACGUCUUCAUGUUCGUCUACGUGUCGGGCGGCGUGGACCAGUACGACGCGACGGCGAAGGGUCUCCUGUUCCUCCUCAUGGAGUACCUCCUCGUCCACGUGGGCAUGGUCAUCGAGGGCUGCGUGCCCGAGGUGCCGAAGCGCGUCGUCAUCCAGCGCAAGCGGAACCAGUUCGUCGUCGACCGGCUGCUCGGCCCGGCGGGGCACCGGCCGAACGCGCCGUUCCACGCGGGCGACCCGCACCCGCGCGACGACGGCUUCCCGCGGCGGCCCGAGGCCCACGCGGGGCUCCUCCGGGCCGCGGACCACGGCGCCGUCGCCGCCGAGGAGCUCCGGCUGCUCCACGAGGGCCGCGACCACGCGCAGCUGUUGGGCGUCGACCGGCGGCCGCCCCACUACCGCCACGAGACGCACCGGGGCCUCGGCGAGGACCUCAGUCAGCGCCGGUCGUCGUCGUCCGUCGAGGUCCUCCGCGUGCCCUGCCGCGAGCUGACCGACUCCGCCGGGUCCCACCUCCAGUCGUCCUCCGGCACGCAGCAGACGGGGCUGACGGCCUCGUCGCAGGCGCCGUCGUCCUGGCACUCGCGGCCGUCCGACUAA